UUCUUUCGCACUUUUAUCUUGGAAUAUUUUGUUGUGAACCGUUUCCUUCUGUUACAAAUUUCCGCAUCCAAAAAUGACUGCGGAAGUUAUACAAGUUGCUCGUUCUGAUAAAUACCCAAAAAAGUUCUUCGAUGGCAUGUUUGUUAUUUUCAAAAUGGGUGGACUUUACCACCCUGAAAAAACAGACCGCUGGUACGCGAAAAUCUUCUGGUGGCUUUUCAAUAUAUCAAUGAUUGUUUUACUUCACUGCUUGUACCAACCUGCUGAGUUUGCUAUGAUUCCUUAUACAAUGAGAGAUUUGAAUCUGCUGGUUGAACAUGUGGGCAUGAUUGCGACGCACAUGAUGGGUGUUAUUAAAUACUACAUUAUAUUCUAUAAUUAUAAGAAAUUGCGUGGAGUUAUUGAUAUUCUAGAUCGAGAAGAGUUCAAGUAUGAAGAUAGUGGCGAUUACAAACCUGGAGAAACAAUGGCGCAAUGCAGAAAGUAUUCGAAUUAUAUUUGUAUUAUGUUUUUCUGGAUUGGAACUCUGGUACCGGUCAGUAAACAGUUUGAUAGUUUAUUGAAGUUUAUCCACGAAGGAGAUAUGGUUGACGCUGGAAAUUACACGUGUCAAGAUAUGUUACCAUAUUUUAGCUAUUUCCCAUUUUAUAUUGAAACUACACGAAGAUGUCAAUUAGCGUUUUUGUUGCAAACUAUUCCAAUGAUUUGGUAUGUCUACUCAGUUAUCAGCGGAGAUUGUGCUUUUGGAUGCUACUGUAUCGCUUUUCGGGGACAUUUUGUAAACUUACGAGGAGCCUUUCUAACUGUUACAGAAAGGUGUACAGCUAGACUAGGAUUGCCUGAAGAUUACGAUGUUUUGCAUGUCGAGGAGAAUCCUGCAUUGCAGAGAGAAAUCAAGUUGGAAAUGAGGCGGAUGACUAUACAUCUUCAAACUAUGAUUGAUGUGUGCAAUACAUUUGAGGAUGUAGUUAACGUUUUAACACUUUGCCAAACCUUGACAUCAAUGUUUUUAAUAGUGUCCUGUUUAUACAUGAUUUCGGAAGAACCCUUUAUGAGUCCAGUCUUUAUUGCUGAAGCAGAGUAUGUAGGAGCUGGCAUGAUACAACUAUUCGUUUAUUGCGUCUUUGGCAACGAAAUGACUGAAUCUAGCGGUGCUGUGGCUGGUGGAAUAUACGAAUCAAAAUGGUAUUAUUUUUCGCAAGGUGAAAAACGAACGAUGCUCAUAAAUAUGUUGCGUCUGCAAGUUCCAAUUCAAUUCACAACAGGAAAAUUUGCCGUUUUGACUUUAUCUACAUUUGUAUCGAUCGUGAAAGGAUCGUAUUCAUAUUUCACUUUCUUGAAACAAAGACACCACAAAAUGGAGUCGCAAGUAGUUGUAUACCAGCCUUUUGAAAAAUACUUUAAUAAGAACAUAUGGAUUUUUAAAACGUGUGGUUUAUGGCUUCCCCUGGACCACGAAUCAUUUUGGCGCAAAUUUUUUCGCUAUGGCUACAGUUUUCUUAUAUUAUCAUAUCUUUCUUUAUAUCAGCCAGCUGAAACGUCCGUAAUGUUUGCGGCUCCUGAUCUAGACACCUUUCUACGAAGUCUCCGAGAUCAAUUCAACCAUUUCAGUUGCAUUUAUAAAAUGUACGUAUGGUUUCGUCAUCGAAAAACUAUUCUAGGUCUAAUAAAAACAAUGCAAGAUCCAAAGUAUAACUACGAACAGGUGGAAAAUUACUUCGAUGUAGACGCCAUUGUUUUGAAAAACAAGAAAGAAGCGGAUCGCUGGAUGCUGCUAUUCUUAGGCUUUGUUAAUUCGAUUUGCUUCAAUAUGACUUUGAUGAUUGUAUACAUAUUUAUAUUCGAAGCAGGGCAACAAUAUCGUAUUGACGAGGACGGAAAUAAAAUUUACGAUCAACCUUUAGCUGUGCUUUUGAUUACACCGUUUUCGCAACACACCAGAACUGGAUUUAUGUUUCACUUUAUUUUUGAGAUUAUUGCAUUAGAUAUACAUGCGUGGAUGAUUGUUGGUUUAGAUGGAAUGUUUACGAGUUUAGUGAGUUGUAUAAGUGCACAUUUGGAUAUUCUUUCGCAAGCCAUUAAAACAAUCCGUCCUAGAUGUAUGGAGCGUUUGCAAAUGCCAAUAAAAGAACAUUUGCAUGACACACCUGAACUCGAAGAAGAAAUGCAGAAGGAAAUGAAAAAAUGUGUUAAACAUCUUGACAUGCUUUUAUUGGUAUCAAGUAAAGUUGAAGAUAUUUACAACAUUCAAACAUGUUUCCAAACCAUGAUUUCAUUAUUUGAGAUGUGUUUCUGUUUGUACCUGCUUUCAGGCUCGUUAGAUGCAAGCAUGGGGGCAGAAUUAACAUAUUUAAUAUCAACUAGCUUUGAGUUAUUGAUGUAUUGCUGGUUUGGAAACUCAAUUACCGAAAGUAGUAAUGCCAUAACAACAAGUAUCUACGAUGGGGAUUGGCUAUCAAGCAAUGCGGGUUUUAAAAAAUCGAUGCUUAUCACAAUGAUUCGCAUGCAGCGUCCGAUUUACAUGACUAUUGGAAAGUUUACGCCGCUGACCUUCACAACAUUUUUAUCUAUGUCACGUAUUGCGUACAGUUUCUUCACUGUCUUAAAAAGCGAUGCGAUUGGUUAAACAAGCUACUUUAUUUAUCUUCACUCAUGUCUACAUACUUAGAUGUUGACUUGUUAUGAUUAAAGUUUACCAACACUACUAAGUAGAUAUAUGGAGUAAUUUUAGACUUGGGAAAAAUGUUGAUAAACCAG